CGGGGCUGGGCCGGGUGGCGCCGAGAAGCACUUCAGUCGGGGCCGGCCGUGUAACAGCCGUCCCCUCCAGAAAACACGGCGCCUGCGCAGCAGCCGCUGCAGUAACCGCCCCCGGGGCAAGGUGGGUGAGCGUGAAGUUGAUUAGCAUGGCGGCUGAAUCCGGGUCCGAGCUGGGGUGGCAAGCCCUGCCCACUGCUGUCCUGGGCGCCCUGAGCACACUGGGCACUGAGUUUCUGCGUGAGUGGGAGGCGCAGGAUAUGCGCGUGACCCUCUUCAAGCUGCUGCUCCUAUGGCUGGUGCUGAGCCUCCUGGGGAUCCAGCUGGCCUGGGGGGUGUACGGAAGCACCGUGACCGGCCUGUACCACCGCCCGUCCUCGGGUCUGGGAGGCCAGAAUGGCUCCACUCCCGAUGGGUCUUCCUUGUUUCCUCCGUGGGAAACUUCAGAAAAUGAAUCCAUCAAAACCCAUCGUGAAUGAGGGAAGGUGGCUUCGUGGGCCUGGCUUUCCUGCUGCCUGUGCACCAGCAGCCUGUGUGUGUUGGAUUCCCAUCUGCCAAGGGUCCCAGUUUCACUUACCAGUUGGGGUUUGUUUCUGGGGAAAUAGCAGUCAAGGGAAUGGUGUGGGUUUGAGGAAAGCAGAGAAAACAAUAUUGGGUUCAAAUCCCAGAAAGUCUCUUCAGUUCCCCCUGUUUUCCCUUUCUAGAGGUACUUUCCCCUACUGGGGAAAGGAAGCCCUGAGACCCGACCCUAGUGGAAGCCUGGCCUGCCUGACAUCUCCUUGCUAGCCUCCCCUCCCUUGUAGCCACCGGCUGUGGUCCCUUGACAGCUGACACUCUUGGGGCAACCCAUACCUGGAAUGAAUCCAGGAGAGGUGGUGGAAAGGAGGAGCCUUAGCUUUGCUUUCCUCUUCUAGUUCUGAGUCCUUUUCGAUAAGGUUGAGAAUCACAGCCAGCACUGUCACGAUGGGGUGCUAGUUAUGAGGCAGCUUUGGAUAGAAAAACAUUUUUGCUGUGCGGGUCUGUGCUGAGUUUUCCAGUAGAUCUCAUUCUUGAAGGGGAAAAAAAAAGUUGUUUCCACUUAAUUCCUCCCACCUUCCAGGAGGCCUUUGGGGAAGAGACUUGCCUAGGGCAUGAGUAACUUCCAGUUCCAGCCUUGCUGAAACCUGUCUCCCCCUCCAAGAUAUCCCAGUAGAGUGUGAGCCCCAGGCUGGGGCCAGCCUGGAUCUGAGAAGUGAGACAGGACUGGACUGGAAGUUUCCCUGAUCAGAUGGGCCUGAGCCUCAAAGGAGACACUGCAUGCUCCUCAUCCACUUAUACCCAUUGCAUUCCCUUCCACCUGAGGCUGUACUUAGAGCUCCCCCACGUGGGGGUAAUUGGAUUCACUAACCUGUCCAGGGUGUGGGCUGAGAACUAGAGUAAGGCUUCAGCAUUGAUGGUUGUACUCCUGUUGCUUGACAACAGACCAGAUUGGACUCUUAACUUAGCUGGACAGGAGGGUCAGCAAAUGCAGAAUGACUGUCUUUCUGAUGGAAUUUUCUCCAUUCCUUCCUCCUGUCCUAGUCUGAAAACUGAAGAAGAGACUAAAGAUGUGUAGGACCACAGCCAGCCUGUGGCUUGAAAGUCACCCAUUUCUUUAGCUGGUUUCAGCUCUUCCAUAUACCCAAAGGGCCUUUGAAGAGAAUAGGCCAGAACAUACCAUGUUCUUAAGUAGUACUGGCUUAAUAUAGCCGAAGGAUUUAGUGGCAGGAGGCUAGGCAAGGCCAGUACUAGCUUGCAGGAAGGAUGUUUUUCUCCAGGGCCCCAUUGCAUACCGAGCAGUGUUACCUCUUCAGUGAAGGGUAUGAGCGAUAAGUGUUCUUACCUGCAAGUUGGGUGUUUUGGAGCCCCAUCCUAGGGGAGGGAGGGGCGUAUGGGGAAAGGCCCACUGAAUGAUUUCACAUUUGUUAUGAAAACUUGACAGGCCAGCCAGCAGCUACCUCAUCUCUCCCCUUCUCUGGCUUUUACAUCUUUGCCUUUUCUUCUUCCCACUGAAUCAGUGGUGCAAACUAAUAAAAGCUUAUGUUUGUGACACAUCU